CAAAGUUUUGUGUGAGGAAAGAACAGCGAGCCCAAAAUACUCCGUCUGACCGGGAGUCUCGGAAUGUGCGGACAUUUGCACUUCAGCACUGCAUCCCACCGUCGAAAUGUUGGUACGAUUGUUUCGCUGCGUCGACCCCGCGGCCGCUGUGGCGACCCUUUGUGUGGCAGCGUUGCUGGCGAAAAGCUGCCUGUGUGUCACCGAGGAGGACGAUGAGGUCCUGGAGAAAAACCAGCUCACGGAGUUUUACAAAAAGGGUAUCUUUAUCCUGGAGAGUGAGCCAAUGAAACGCUGCGUCACGGUGGAUCGCUCCAACCUGGUGCUGGAGGACUGCGAGCGGCCGACGCGCCGCAUGCUGUGGAAGUGGGUCUCCCGACAUCGCCUAUUCAACCUGGGCACCAGCACGUGCCUGGGCCUCAACAUUUCGGACACGACGCAGCCUCUCGGCACGUUCGAGUGCGACGUGGCCCUCCCCAUGCUGUGGUGGCGCUGCAGUGGAAACGUGCUGUACGGGGCGUCGCAGUGGAAGGUGGCCGUGGUCGGACGUCUGUUGGUAGUAAAAAAAAACAACUAUCAUGAGUGGAAAAGGUACAACACCCCUAGAGAAGGGCCCUGUUCAUAUCCAUAUGAAGAUAUCCACACUUUGUUGGGGAAUGCCCAUGGCAUGCCCUGCGCUUUGCCCUUUAAAUACAACAACAAAUGGUACUCUGAGUGCACGACUGAGGGGCGUGAGGACCACCUUCAGUGGUGUGCGACCACCACUCGCUAUGAUGAGGCUGAACGAUGGGGCUUCUGUCCCGUGCAAGAUACCAGCUGUGAGCAUUUCUGGGAGUCGAACCAGGAGCUGCUUGCGUGUUACCAGUUCAACCUGUACACCAUCCUAACCUGGAGUCAGGCGCUGUCAACCUGCCAGGCUCAAGGUGGAAACCUGCUCAGCAUCACCAGCCUGGCAGAGCACAGGUACAUCAGAGAUCGACUGGCAAGUGUCGGCGCGAUGGUGUGGAUCGGGCUGAACCACUUGAAGGAUGGUCGGGGGUGGCAGUGGUCUGAUGGAGCACCUCUAUCACUGGUUAAUUUGACCACAGCUCUUCCUGCGAGCCCGCUACAGGACAACAGGCAGUGUGGAGUGUACAACUCAGCCUACGAGGGUCACUGGCAGAGUCUUUCCUGUGAGUCCGCUCUGCCUUACAUCUGCAAGAAGACGCCUAACAACACCCGGAGAGCCGAGCCACUGGAGAACUGGCAGUAUAUCCCUACAGAGUGUGCUAAUGGCUGGUGGCCUCACAAUGGUUUCUGCUACCAGGUCCUGUCCAAAACAGAGGCAGGCAGCUGGGAGGAAUCUACUCGGGCCUGUGCCGCGCAGGGGGCAAACCUCACCAGCCUCAACUCCAUGUCUGAGGUGGAAAUGCUGCUCAGCCUCCUGGCUAACUAUUCUGGGGAGAGCGUGGAGGUGUGGAUCGGCCUCUGGAAACGGGCCUCGUCGCCGACCGUAGAGUGGUCUGACGGCUCGCCAGUAACUCUCACCCUCUGGCAUCAGUAUCACCCUCCUCACAACCUGACGGAUGCAACACUCUGUGCCAAAGCAGACAGGAAGGAGGGUAACUGGCUUUUAACAUCAUGUGAUGAGCGACUGCCUGCUGUGUGUAGAAGACAAAGCCAGGAUCCCGUUCGUCACCCCGGAUCCUGGGACGAGGGUUGUCCUGAGGGCUGGAAGCGACAUGGCCAUUCAUGCUACAUGGUGACUAGCCAUGAACAGAGCUAUAAAGAUGCACUGAUGGGAUAUUACUGCAAGGCUCCGCUUCUUACUGUGGAAAACAGGUUUGAGCAGGCAUUUCUCAACAGUUUGCUGAGUGAGAGAGGGGCCAACAGUAGCACGUAUUACUGGAUCAGCCUCACUGAUGAGGAGAGAGAGGGAGUGUACAGCUGGCUUCCUCACAAUGGCUCCUCCCUGCCUCUCACUUUCACAAACUGGAACAAACAUCAACCAGCCAGUGCUGGUGGCUGUGUUGCUAUGUCAGGCGGACCUGCUGUGGGUCACUGGGAAGUGAAAGACUGCAGUUCCCACAUGGCCUUGUCAGUGUGCAAGCAGAGUGUCAGCAGUUACCACGAUCUCCAGCUGCCAGAGCACCACAAAGACGCCUAUGCCCCCUGUCCUCCAGGGUGGGAAUCACAAUCUGGACUGCUUGACUGUUUUAAGGUGUUCCACGACGAGAAAGUUCUGAUGAAACGUUCCUGGGUGGAAGCAGACUUCUUCUGCCAGGCCCUCGGGGCUCAGCUGGCCAGUUUCCACCACUAUGAGGAGCAGGUGUUUGUUAAGCAGCUCCUCAGUACCAUGUUUGAAGGAACAGAGGGCCGCUGGUUCUGGGUGGGUUUAAACAAGAGAGACCCCGAACAUCCCGGAGUCUGGGAGUGGUCCGAUGGCUCUCUUGUGGUGACGUCCUUCAUAAAGGAUAAGAAUGAGGAGGACGACAGGAGGGACUGCGCUGUGUACAGUGACCUGACCAACACUCUCAUGCCGCAGCCCUGCGACACCAAACACGAGUGGAUCUGCAAGCUGUCCAGGGGUGAUAAACUGAAAAAACCUUAUUGGUACACUGAGCAGAGCGAGCCCUGGGUGUUUUAUCGUGGAGCUGAGUACCUGCUGGCAAAGCAGCCCUUUGACUGGGACGCUGUGUCUCUGGCCUGUCAGAUGAUGGGAGCCUACCUGCUGUCCAUUCACUCCAGAGAGGAGCUGCACUUCGUAAAGGAGCGCUUGCGGCGGCUCUCCCUGGGCCCGACUGACUGGUGGAUCGGCCUGUCCAUGGGGCAGCCUGGAGAAGAGGUCAGGUGGAGCGACAAGACAGGGGUAGACUUUCAGAACUGGGCCAACGGGAGGGCUGGUGGGGGCCCUGGGAAAAAUGGGCUGUGUGUCACCAUGUCCUCUUCAACAGGGAAGUGGUCGACCAGUAAAUGCAGUGAUCUCCGCGGCUAUGUGUGCAAGAGAAAGACUGUGUCCGUGGUGGAGACUCCCAGGGAGCCGCACUACAUUGGAGGAUGUCCGGAGAAAUGGCUGUACUUCGGACACAAGUGUCUCCUACUUCAUCUCCCUGGCAGUCCAAAGGAGGGAAAGAGUUGGAAUGAUGCCCAGUCCAUCUGCUCCUCAUUUGAAGGCUCGCUGGUCGCUAUAGAAGAUGAGAUUGAACAAGCCUACAUCACCAUGCUGCUCCAGGGCAGCUCUGUAGGUGUGUGGAUUGGUCUUCGGGAUGAGGACACCAUGAAAUGGACCAAUGGGAAACCAGUCAGCUACACCAACUGGUCUCCAAUUGAACCAAAGAGCUAUCUAACUGAGGAUGAGUGGCUCAGCGGCUUUGCUGAUGAGCCACUGUGUGCUGUUCUGUCCAACAACCACAACUUCCACCUGACGGGGAAGUGGUACGAUGAGAAGUGCAGUGAGAGUGGGUAUGGCUUUGUCUGUCAAAAACCUCAAGAUACGUCCAAACCCCCCACCCACUUCUAUCACCAUCCUCUCCCUGACAAUAUUGAGUACAGGACCCGCAGCUACAAGGUUGUGUCUGGCAACAUGAGCUGGUACGACGCGAUGCAUUUGUGCAUAGAGAAUGAUUCUGACCUAGUGAGCGUUACAGAUGCCUACCACCAGGCUUUCCUUACUGUCCUUGUCAAUAGAUUGGCAGUGCCCCACUGGAUUGGACUGUACAGUCAAGACAGUGGCAUCAAUUAUCAGUGGUCAGAUGGCAGUGACACAGUGUACACACACUGGGACGCGGCCGAUGACGACGACGACUUUGUGACGGGAGAGUGUGUGUACAUGGACGUGAGCGGAGGCUGGCGGAGAGCUGACUGUGAAACCCUGCUUCCAGGAGCCCUGUGUCACGUUCCCACACCAAGCAAUAAACCAUUUUUCUCAUAUGAGGUGGUGUGUCCCUCCACAUGGGUGAAAUUUGGACAUGGCUGUUACAACUUUGAGCCUGUGGUGCAGAAACUUACUUUCGAAGAGUCAAGAGAGUACUGCAGGCAGAAAGUCAACACCUCAGAUGUCCUGACCGUUGAGAGUGAGACAGAGAAUCGUUUUGUUCUGGAGCAGCUGUGGUCAUCAGGGUUCCUCCACCAGACCGUGUGGCUGGGGAUGUACUUCAACAUUGACACUGACUCUAUGGCCUGGGUGGAUGGUUCACCCAUGGACUACACCAACUGGCCUAAUAAAGCCCCAGACUCCAAGCUGCUGACUACGGAUACCUGUGUUACUACGAGGGUGGUUGACGGUGUUUGGCGCCUGUCUCAGUGCACCGAGCGACUCGGCUUCGUCUGCAAAAUCAUCUCAGAUGUAAUUACUGAAGUGGAGGUGAAACCACUUAACGGUUUACAUCAUGGUAUCAUUGCCGCUGCAGUGCUGGUGGCUGUAGUGAUCUUUGCCCUGCUGGCAGGAGCGAUGUGGUUUGUGUACAAGAGGAACUCUGCACGUUUUCGUGGGAUCCCUGUGCUUGGCAGCGCUUAUUACAGACAAACGGGCUCACAGGCUAUAGAGUCGGAUGGAAACGUGCUGAUCACAGACCUGGAGGCUCACUCAGGAGAAUAGCACUCAGUGACUCCCUUUUUUUUGUUUUAACGUCUCAGUUGUCCUCACGUUCUCUGUCUGUCUCUCACCAUUUCACCAUCAGGUACGAAUGCCACAUGACACUGUAAAGCUGUGACGCUGACUCCUCAGGACAGUGGUGAGAUGAUGAUGAUGGCCAUUUUUUUCUUUUUUGAAUUUGAGAAGGUGUUAGAAGGGUCCCUGUUGCUCUCUCUGCAGUUUUCAUUUAUUCAAACCAUUUAAAUGAGACAAAUGUUUGUGAGCAUAUUUCAUGUGGUCACACUGAGGAGCCCACAUUUUAAUUUCUGUUGUUUGAAGUAGACUAACUACGUUCACAUAAAUGAGAAUGUUGAAGAAGGGAUGCUAAAGAGCUUUAAACUUGUUAAAAGAGAGACUGAACAGUUCAUGUUUGUUAUAAUGCUGCAGUAUGAGGAUUUAAUCAAUUAUAAGUGGUAAACACUAUAUAGCAAAAUAAUUUGAAUAAUAAUGUUUGAAAAGGUGAAGGAAAAUGUUGGUCUUCCUGUCAGGGUCAAAAGUAGCUUUUAUUGUCAUAAUUAAGAGGCAGAUUGAUGGCAAAAUAGAAAUUAUACAAAUUAUAUUUGUGAUGUAAUUUUGUACAUUUCAUUCAGAUCCAGGAGCUGUUAGAGUUGUACAUGUGGUGCAGCGAUUUUGUCAGUAUUACUUUUGUAUUUUUAUUUUAUUUUUUUAAAUAUACAUGCUGUAUAUUGAUAACAGAGUUUUUUUGUAUAUUCAAAACUAAUGCGAAACGUGUGUGGAUUUCUCUUUUUCACUUUUGUCUGCAGAUGCAAAGCAAAUUAUGAGAUGUAUUUUGCACAGCUGUCUUUGUGUUUUAAUAAAUGGAAAAUAGGCCUAACUGAUUUGUUUAUUUGAAUGUCCCAGACCAUAUUGGCUUACAAGACAUUAG